AUGGGCAACGAAGCCAGCCUGGAGGGCGGCGAGAGCCCGGCCGGGCUGCCCGAAGGUGUGGCCGGGGCCGCGGCGGGGGACCUGAGCCGCUUGAGCCCGGAAGAGCGCAGGCAAAUCGCCGCCGUCAUGUCAAGGGCGCAGCAGGCGCUGCCCUCAGGAAAGACCGCCGGCCCGGAGACGCCGCCGCCGCCUCCCUUGACAAGACCCGCCCCACCUGAUGGCAGUGAUCAUCCCACACACCAGGGCAAGCCUCCAGAUCCUGGGCCUGCCACGCUCACUAAAAGCAAAACAGUUGAUACCCUGAAAACGGAGCAACGGGUCCCUGGAAGAAGCACAUCGUCCAUGAGUUUGAGAGAGUCUAAAUCAAAGACUGACUUAAAAGAGGAUCAGAAGCCAACUAUGAUGCCCAGCUUUCUCUCAGAUGCCAACCCAUUUGGUGCAGUCACAUCAGUUGUAAAUAAAUUCAAUCCUUUUGAUUUCAUCUCCGACUCGGAUACAAACCAAAAUGAAGCCUCCAAGAAAGCAAAGCCCACCCAAAAGGAACAGGGUAGAACUGAACCACAAGGGGGGCUCUCCAAGCAGCCUCUGCCACAUUCAUCUCCCAAGCCAAGUGGUCCACAACAUGGGCCUGUCAAACCGGCCCCACAAAAAGCAGCGCCUCCCAAGCAGGCACCGCAGCCACCACCACAGCAGCAGCAGCAACUGCCUCCUGGAAUGCCUAGGCAGAGCCAGAAACUGCACUCUGGCCAAACCACAGUGGAAGCAGGACCAUACCCAGGACCACCCUCGUCCCAGUUCCCAAAACCAGAAUGGACGGGGCCUGCAAGACCUUCCCCCCAGCAGCCAGGAGCUGAAAGGCCUCCUGGUGUGGGCCUGGGCAAAACAGCCUCCCCGCCCCCUGCUUUCAGAAAACCAGCUGCCCAGCAGGGAGCGGCUCCUCCUAAGCAGGAAGCUCAACAGCCGGAAGGGCCUAUGAAGGCCGAGCCAGCAGCGUCCACUGAGCCACCACUGCAACGUUUGACCGGUCCCACAAAAGCAGCCCUCCCCCAGCCUGGAGGACCUGGAAAGCAGCCCCCUCAGCAGUCUGGGCUCCCCGCAAAGCCUCCCGCCCAACAAGUCCAGCCCCAGACGGGGCCUACGAAACCUGGUCUUCCACUGUCCAGACCUUCCCAGCAGCAACCUGUGGCUCCGUCACAACCCGGAUUACAAGCCACAAAGGUCACCUUAUGCUCACUUUGCACAACCACCGAACUCCUCCUGCAGGAUCCUGAGAAGGCCAAUUAUAACACUUGCACCCAGUGUCAAACCGUUGUCUGCAGUUUAUGCGGCUUUGAUCCUAAUCCUCAUAUAACAGAGGUUAAAGAAUGGUUGUGUUUAACCUGCCAGAUGCAAAGAGCUUUAGGGGGGGACUUAGCUCCUGCUCACAGCUCUGGACCUUCAGGACCCAAGCAAGAAACUCCAGCCAAAGCAGCUUCCCAACCGCAGCCAGCAACGAAGAAGAAAGAAACGGCUCUAAAACACGAAGCGACCAGGUCCUUGGAGCAGAAACAGCCCCCAGCGCAAGCAAAGCAGCCUGCUCUGCCCAGGCCUUCUCCUACAAAACCAGAGGCUCUUCCUGCUGAACCCAAGCUGGCAGGAUCCACCCUGAAGCCCAGCCAGGCCAAGCUGUCAGGAAGCGAGGAUAAACAGAAGCAACCUGCUCUUCAGAAAGGCCCAAGCAAGGCCACAACGAAACCUUCACAACUGGACCCCAAACCAAAGGGCACCCGGCCUUUACUCACUGAACCCAAAGCGGAGCCCCUUCCGAGGUCAGAAGACGACCGGCUGCCCCAGGACCAACAGUCGCCCGUGGAUCAAAUGGCCGCCCCAGACUGCAGAACUUUAGCUCAAGGGUCUUCUCAAAAGCCUGAAACAAAACUCAGUUCUCCGCUUGGGGCCGAUUUAAAUGCGAACGUCCAAAAGGAAGCUGGAGCAGCAGGAGUCAGAGAGCCUUCCAUGAAAAUCCAGCCCCAGGUGAAUCCCAAACCAGAUGCCAAGCCGACUCCAAAAGGGCCACAAGCCUCUGUGGGCGCGAAGCCCAGCCAAGCCCGACCUCAGGUCCAGGCCCAACUGCCUCCGAAAGCACCGGAGCAAGCCAAGCGUUUCGGCCUUCUUCCCGCAGGAGGAGGCGGCGAUGCUCCCAAGUCGCUUCCCGCAGCCCCUCCGGAAACGGUGACUGGGAAGCUGUUUGGAUUCGGGGCUUCGAUUUUCAGCCAGGCUUCCAAUUUGAUCACCCCGGCAGGCCAGCCAGGAGCUCAGGCACCCGGACCUGCCCCUUCGACCCCCUCCAAGCAGGCCCCUCCCCCUGCCUUGAAAAAAGGCCCCCCUCCCCCAUCUCCGAAGGCGGCGCCUGCAAAGAAGGAAGCAAAGCCUCCUGUGGCAGAAAAGGAAGCCGGCCAGGCGGAGGCCCAGAGGAAGCCGUUGCCUGCCCAGGUCUCCUCCCAGGCGCCUGGUGGAGCUGGCAGAGAAAAGAGGCCGGGGCCACCAGAAGCACCCCAAGGGCCCCCGCCGGCCUCCCUGUGUCCUCUCUGCAAAACUGGGCUGAAUGUGGGGUCUGCAGACCCUCCAAAUUACAACAGGUGCACAGAGUGCAGGACUGUGGUGUGCAGCCUCUGUGGAUUUAAUCCAACACCCCACAUCACAGAGGUUCAAGAAUGGUUAUGCUUAAACUGCCAAACUCAGAGGGCGCUAUCAGGACAACUUGGGGAUAUAGAGAACGUCACACCUCCCGUGUUUCCAAAAUCCUCAGUCAGACCAUCAAGUCCUGCCCUUCGAAGUCGGUCCAAGGCUGCUGAGUUGCAUCAACAACAACAACAGAUUUCAGCAAAACCUGCCCUGGGGUCUGAAAAGUUAAAGACAGGUUCAGAAAUUCAGAAAGAGGAUCCAAAGGUAAAGAAGGAGACACUUUUAACAAAGACGUUUACUGGUAGGAUCCAAGAAGAAAUUUUUAAAAUUGACAUUUCAAAGCUUUCACCAGGAAAAUUAGCAAAAACAACAUCUGCUGAUAAAAUCAUUCAAGGAAUUUCAAAAGAAGAUUCAAAAGCAGAAAAGGAAAAAUUGGGAAAAUCAUCAUCUGCUGAUCCAAUUCUUAAAAAAGAGUCAACAUUGGCUACAAUUGAUAAGGGUUCGCAUGAUAAGAUAAACAUGGAACAUGCGGAAAGACCUCUAUCCGAAGACUCAAAAUAUCAUCCGGUAAAACUGGCCAGGGAGGAAAGUCAGAAGGAAGACCCAGCCACUCAAGUCAAAUUGCCACCUGCUGAUCGGAGUCAGAUGGACAGGGUGACCUUGGGAAAAAUACCAUCAGCUGAUAAAAUCCUCCAAGAUGUUCAAAAGCCAGACCCAAAGAUUUAUCAAGACAAAAUGACAAAGGUAGCCUCAGAUGGCGAAAUUGUGAAAGUUGAACCAAAAUUUCAGCAGGCAAAAUUGGCCAAAAUACUAUCUUCUGAUCAAAUUCAGAAAGAAGAUUCAAAACGAAUUCCAGCAAAAAUAAUGAAAACGGCCUCUGCGGAUCAGCUUUUAAAAGACACUGUGAAAUUUAAGGAACUAAAAGAAGUGAAAUUGCCCCGGGAGGAACCAAAGUCUUCCGAGACAAGUAGCGGCCAAAGACCACCAUUAGAAGCCUCAGACCCCCUCCCCAGAAUCGAACACGUACCAGGACAAGAGCAAGCGCUUAAAGAAAAGCCAGAAGCUGAAAUGCACCUAGAAAUAAAACAGCAGGAAGAUCAUCCCAUGAUAUCAGAAACCACUUCAAAAGCUCAUAAACUACCGGAGAAAAACCUUUCAGAUUUACCCGUGUCAUUGCCAGAAUCUUAUCCUGUGGAGUCAGUGAGAGAAAAAACAGAAAAAGAAGAUGACAAAUCUGAUAUAUCAAGUUCUCAGCAGCCCAAAAGCCCUCAAGGCCUGAGUGAUACAGGAUAUUCCUCCGACGGCGUCUCGAGUUCCCUUGGUGAAAUUCCAAGCCUCCUUCAGGCGGAAGAAAAGGACGCCUUGUUGAAAGAGUCCUUUGAGAAAGAGUCUCCGUCGCAAGGGGGCAGCCCAGCUAGCCCCUCCGACCUGGCUAAGCUGGAAAGCACCGUCUUGUCAAUUCUGGAAGCUCAGGUCACAAGCCUCGUGGAAGGGAAGCCUGGGAGAACCAGAGACGUUUCCGCUGAGCAGACCAGGGCCUCCCGGGAAGCAGCCCUCUUGCCUGUCACCUCGGAGCCCUUCUGCUCUGAGGAAGAAGGCUUGAGGAAACCAGAGGUUCGAGGUGAAGGAGACCCUGAGCAAGGCAGUAGAGAAACGUUGCCCCCUCAGAAAGGGCCCAAGCAGGCAGCAGGGGGGGCAGAGAGUGCACCAACCAGAAGGCAGCGCUGUGACUCUGUGGAAGACAGCAGUGAGAGCGAAAACUCUCCUGUGCCACGAAGGAGGAGGCGGAGGCAGGCCAGCGCUGGCUCCUCCAGCAGUGACGACGAAGGCAAAGUAGAAGACAGUCCGGGUUCAGGUGAUGACGAGGAUUUCAUUCGGAAGCAAAUCAUGGAAAUGAGCGCUGACGAAGAUGCUUCCGGUUCCGAAGAUGAAGAAUACAUCAGGAAACAGUUAAAAGAAAUCAGCGCAAAUGAGACCCAGAAGAAGGAAGAAGUUAAGAUCAAAAAGGGAAUGGCUGGAAAACAUAAGAGGGCGUCACGUAAAAGCACUGCAGGCUAUGAAGAGGAUUCCGGAAGGCGCCAUUCCUGGCAUGACGACGACGACGAUGAAGACGAAGAUGAGGCUUUUGAUGAAAGCCCAGAACCAAAAUAUAGGGAGACGAAAAGUCAAGAGAGUGAAGAAAUUUCAGGGGGAGGAGGCCUUCGCCGCUUCAAAACAAUAGAACUUAACAGUACAAUCACAAACAAGUUUUCUGAAGGGUCAGAAACACCAAAGAGAUGUUUAUACUUUGAUGAAGAGCCAGAAUUAGAAAUGGAGAGCCUUACAGAUUCACCAGAGGACAGAUCACGGGGAGAAGGAUCUUCCAGUCUGCAUGCCUCCAGCUUCACCCCAGGUACGUCUCCUACCUCUGUUUCGUCCUUUGAUGAAGACAGCGACAGCAGCCCCAGUCACAAAAAAAUGGGGGGAGAAACCAAGCAGCAGCGUAAAGCCAGACAUCGGACACACGGGCCUCUCCUCCCGACGAUUGAAGAUUCUUCCGAGGAAGAGGAACUCAGGGAGGAGGAAGAGUUGCUGAAGGAGCAGGAGAAGCAGCGUGAACUAGAGCAGCAGCAAAGAAAGAGCUCUAGCAAGAAGUCUAAGAAAGACAAAGAUGAGCUCAGAGCCCAGAGAAGGAGAGAGCGACCAAAAACACCCCCCAGUAACCUUUCUCCGAUCGAGGACGCUUCCCCAACUGAGGAACUGCGUCAGGCGGCAGAAAUGGAGGAACUGCAUCGAUCUUCCUGCUCUGAAUAUUCGCCAAGUAUUGAAUCUGACCCUGAAGCUUUUGAAAUCAGUCCGGAAAAAAUAAUAGAAGUGCAGAAGGUUUAUAAGUUGCCCACGGCUGUCUCGCUCUAUUCCCCCACAGAAGAGCAGCCCCUUGGAAUGGCCAAGCAAGGGAGCAUUCGGAAGAUUUUGAAAAGCGCAGAGGAGGUAUAUGAAGAGAUGUUGCAGGCGUCUCAGGGGGCCAAGCCUCUUCCAGGUGAAAACGAAAGGGAGGAGGUGUUCGAGAAGGAGCCUUUGUAUGGCGGCAUGCUCAUAGAAGACUAUAUCUAUGAGUCGUUAGUAGAGGGUGCGUAUAGUGGGGACUCCAACAUCAUUUCAAAACAAGAGGAGUGUGAGGAAUUUAGCCAAGAGGAAGAGCAAAAAACCCCUCUGGAGCAAAUCUGUGAAGAACCUAUGCAAAAACCCACUGAUUUACAAGACACCUAUUAUAGGAUAGAGCUUUUGCAUUCAAUUAUGCCUCAAGAAGACAUUGUCUCCAGUUCUUACAUCAUGCCAGAAAGUCACGAAAUCGUUGUCCUGGACAGUGUAGCACCAUCUUCGAGUGAUGAUAAGCAGCUGCUAGAGGUAGGCGUGGUUUAUGAAGAGCUGAUGAAGCAACAGGGAGUACAGCUGACCCCGGGCUCCAGCCCUACCCAGUCAUCCCCUGAGUUCGUUUCUGUCACCAAGAGGAGCCUGUCUGGAGAAGCAGGAGAUAGUAACUCCCUAGUUUCGAGCACUUCUUCAGCAGUUUCAGACUCAACAUCAGCAAGCCCUGUAGUGCUGCCCAUUCCAGAUGUUAAAAUUACCCAGCACUUCACAGUUGAAGAAAAAGAGGGUAACUAUUUUACUGAUUAUGUCCAUGAGGUGGAAGAAAUUAUUUCCCAGGAAACGUCCAUGCUGGCAUACUCGGAGGCCUUAGAAAGCACCACCCCUAUUUUCCCAUCGGAUGCAUGUUCACUCACAUCCUCUACAUCUUCUGUUUACACCACUGGCACCCCUUCACCUGUAGCUGGACCAGAUGGCAUCACUACCAUCUGUAGAGAUUCAGUAGAUGCUCUUGGUGGACUGUCAGAUUCAGAAGGGGUCGUUUCAAUGGCACAGGCUACUACAAUUUCCCCAGUUGAGGACUAUGAACCUCUGGUGUUGCCCCCCAAGAAGGCACCCAUAGCCAAAGAUCAGGGAUCAGUUACCUUUCCAGAAACUGACUCCUUUGCAUCCACUUCUGUGGAAACAAAAUUCACAAGUAUUCUCCCUGCUGCCUUGGCAGAAGAUGGCAAAGCUGGAAGAGACAUGGCAAAGUUUAAUGAAGUGAAGAGACUUUCUGAAGAUGAUUAUUCAAGGAUUUCCAUUAAUGUGGCAGGAGUAGAUGCUGUAUCUGACCAAGAGUUUAUCUGCGUAGUUCCUUUAUGUACUGUUUCUUCUGCUAUCCCUGCAUCUGAAACUUCUCCAGCUUCUGUUGCUGGUUCCCAAACAUUCUCGUUUUGGGAAAGAUCUCUUGUUCAACCCUCCCCGCCAUACGUUCCUCCUCCGCCCCCACCUCCCCCACCCCCCCCACCCAUUCUGCCAAAGCCAGCUGUUUAUCCUAAAAAGAAGCCACCAGUUAAAACUGCAGUGACCACAGUUCCCACCAUGAUACCCUCCAUCAGUACUGUCAAAGCAGCAGAGACCUCUGCUAUGCAAACUCAUGUGUCUCCUGUCACUAAAACAUGCACCCUGACCCCACCCCCCGUCCCCCCUAAGCCAGCAUCAAUUCCAGCAGGGCUUGUAUUCGUGCACAGACCUUCUGAAAUAAUAAAGCCUCCUAUUGCUCCUAAACCAGCCGUUCCCCAGCUACCAGUGGCUGUUCAUAAACCAACAGAAACACAGUCCAAGCCAGCAGGUCUGCCUUUUACCAGCUCCAUGACUUUGAGCUUGGUUUCCCCUGCUGAAUACAAACUGACCUCUCCCACCUCCCCGUCAUCUCCACAUUCUAAUAAAUCCUCCCCGAGGUUAUCCAAACCCUCUCAGGAAACCUAUGCUGUUAUCACGUUGCCCUCUGAGCCCGGGACUCCAACCGGAUCCAUUACCAGCCAAGCCACCAGCAGUUGGCCUGGGGGUUCACUCCCUAAGGAACCAGCUCCAGAGGCUGCACAGACAUUAUUCAUGCCGCCUGUAAGUUUGCUGCAAAUGCAUAGUACAACAGAUCAAAGCAAGAGUAUCCCAGAUGCUUUGAAUGCUGUUGCUUCUAUCCCUUUCCCUACUACUGUACAGCCAAUUUUUGGCAUGGUGCCUAAGUCCACCACAGAACUAAUAACAACAGAGAUUGCAAGGACUGCUGUGUCUUUGGUAAAAAACGCCGGGUUAGAAAGUGUUUCCAUAACGAUGCCCCCAGUCACAGGACCUGCAGUAGAGAGAACUAAGUACAGAGAAAACGGAAGGACCCGUGUUUUUGGUGAUGUCAUGGAUCUCCGUACCUUGACUAAGACUAGCACUGAUAGAACAGAUAGCUGUAUGGACCUAUCUGCUACUCCCGCAGAUGUGAAAAGACAGACAAUGGCAGGUGACCCUUCUGGGCAGUGGGUAAGCACAGUUCAGCCAGGGAUCAUCAACCUUAGUUCUGUGUCCAUGGUCAGCCUCUCUUUAGCUCCAGUGGCCGAUGCUGUUUCAGUGGUGACCUGUGCAUCUACUCUCGGUUAUAGUGCAAGCAUAGAAAGCCUCAUAGACCUUGGGCAUGGGAUGUCAACUCCACUUCAGUUGACAACAUUAAAGCCUUUGGGACCUGGUCCUGGAAUAACGGGAAGCCAGGCCCUCUUUGCAGGCAGAGAAGACGCUCCGAUCAACCUCUCCCUGGGUAUGCCCACAUCGGGCCUUGCCUGGGCCACUACAAAGCCUGCAACUGCACCUCUGGUUGCGGUAACCAAUGAUUGCUUUCAUGCUUCUGCUGCUCACAAAGCUCUGGACAGUGGUGUGGUUGACCUGAGCACUACAAAAUCCUACAGAACGAUGGUGACCGUUGAUGGAACAACUUCAGGAUUUUUUACCACCGUAAUAGAAGACGAUGAAAAACCUGUAGAUUUGACCUCAGGGAAAAGGGCCGUUUGUUGUGACGUGAUUUACAAAUUGCCCUUUGGGAGGAGCUGCACCACUCAAGCGCCAGCAACUGCCCUCCCGGAAGAUCGUUUUGGCUACAGGGAUGACCACUACCAGUACGAGCACUCCGGGUCCUCCGCCUACAGGGGAGCUGGGGGCAUGAAGCCCUCCAUGUCAGACACCAAUUUGUCUGAGGCUGGGCUCUACCCGUACAAAAGCAAGGACGCCUUUGAGCACCAGGUCGGGGCGGCUGAUCUAGCAGUAGACUUGACUUCUGGCAGAGUCACUACAGGUGAAAUUUUGGAUUAUUCAAGCAAGAUUUCUGAUCCAUAUCCAGAGAGCCGGCAUGUGAUUUCGGGCAUUAGUGCACCUCAGUAUUCCCAAGCGAGAAUGGUCUCCUCCUUAGGAGCCCCCUAUGGAAGUGUGUUGAGAUCUUCCAACGGGGUGGUUUAUUCCUCGGUGGCAGCUCCCAUCCCAUCCACGUUCGCUAUCACCACCCAGCCUGGCUCUAUUUUCAGCACUUCCAUCCGAGACCUGCCUUCUCUUCAUGCUAUUGAUUCAGUGCCUUCCUUGUCAAACUUGCCGCAGAGCCAGGCACUCCCAAGGUCAUUGCAAUUUUUGACAACUGUAGCUUCUAAAAAAGACACUUCCGUUGUUGGCAUUGACCCAGGGAUACAGCCUCUCCCUCUAGAAACUAUUGCCGCUGAGCCAACGCUGCCUGUCUUUAGUACGGCUUCUGAAGCCUUCCUCGGUGGAAUUGAAGAGGAAGGAACGGUUCUCAUUGACCUCGAAGAAGACAAGCAACAGCAUCUGGACAUAGAACGUGAGCUGCUAGAGCUUGAAAAACUGAAGCAGCAGCGCUUUGCAGAAGAGCUAGAAUGGGAACGGCAAGAGAUACAGAGGUUCAGAGAACAAGAGCAAUUCAUGGUUCAAAAGAAGCUCGAGGAACUGCACUCCAUGAAGCACCAUCUUCUCUACCAGCAGGAAGAAGAGAGGCAGGCUCAGUUCAUGAUGAGACAAGAAACAUUGGCUCAGCAGCAGCUACAUAUUGAACAAAUCCAACAACUUCAACAGCAGCUUCACCAGCACUUAGAAGAGCAGAAAAUCCACCAGAUGUAUCAGUAUAAUUACGAUCCUUCUGAAAUGGUGUCCCCAAAAACCACCACAGAUCAAGUCCUCGAUGGCCAGUACACUGCAAGCAACCAGUUCUGGCCUGGUGAGGAGGUGAUUGCCACUACCUCAGCUCUCCUGGGGAUAGAACUUCCAGACAGCCAAGGCUGGUACGCUGUCCAGUCAGAUGGUGUGGCUCAGUACGUUCCCAAGCCAGGGACAUUAAGUUCUGUUUCUGAGCUCUCUCUGAAAGACGUGGAUGCGAGUGAGGAAAAACAAUUAAAAAAGAAGAGUUCCACACCAAAACUGCACGGCCUUUACGGGGAACACGAUGAAGGCACAGAAGGGGAACCCAGGGGUCUUAAAAAGAUCAUGGAGAGUGGUGUCCAAACGGAUGAUGAGGAUAAUGCGGACUUAGGCUAUGCAGACAGGAGACGCAGAACCAAAAAGAGCGUUGACACAAGCGUUCAGACGGAUGAUGAGGACCAAGAAGAAUGGGAUCCCUCCAACAGAUCAAGAAGAAAGACCCGUGUAGGGAAAUACGAAGGGAGCAUGGAAGUGGAUGAGGCCAAAGCCUUCUCCAAGGUCUCCAGUAUUGCGGUGCAGACCGUGGCAGAGAUAUCUGUCCAAACGGAACCUGUUGGAACGAUAAGGACACCAUCGGUCAGGGCCCAGUUAGAUGCAAAGAUAGAAAUAGUCAAACACAUUUCAGCUCCAGAAAAGACGUACAAAGGAGGAAGUUUGGGAUGCCAGACAGAAACAGAUUCAGACACCCAGAGUCCCCCGUAUCACAAAGCCACUUCCCCUCAGAAAGAUAAAAAGCGCCCAACGCCAUUAGAAAUAGGCUAUUCAUCCCACCUUCAUCCUGAAAAUGCCCUUCAGGCAGUUCCUUCUGCUCCCAAGUCUCCCAAAGUCCUCUAUUCUCCCAUUUCACCUGUUUCUCCAGCUGCAGCCAUGGAGUCGGCCUUUGUGCCUUAUGAGAAGCUGAUGGCUGAAGACACUGGCUCUCAGGACACUCUCCAUGCUGACGUGCCCACCACUCCUCAGCUGAGCCCAGAGUCUGCCAAGAGCAUCCAGCGCUCUUUGUCCGACCCGAAGCCUCUCAGCCCCACGGCUGAAGAUCUCCUCUCCAGAGCUCAUUUCCAGUACACGGACGGCUUCCUGGUAAGAACUCUUUCCUCACGCCUUGAAUUGUCACGCUUGCCAUCAGGACUGCAGAAGAAGGUCAAGCGGACACUUCCCAACCCGCCUCCCGAGGACCUUUCAGUAGGGACACAGCCGGCCUUCUCCACAGUGGGGUCAGUUUCACGCCGGAGGAUAUGCAGAAGCAACACAAUGGCCAGGGCUAAAAUCCUCCAGGAUAUAGACAGAGAACUAGACUUGGUAGAAAGAGAGUCUGCCAAGCUUCGCAAAAAACAAGCAGAGCUUGACGAGGAAGAAAAAGAAAUAGAUGCAAAACUCCGGUAUCUGGAAAUGGGCAUAAACCGACGCAAGGAAGCCCUGCUUAAGGAAAGAGAGAAGCGAGAGAGGGCCUACUUGCAAGGGGUAGCAGAGGAACGUGAUUAUAUGUCCGACAGCGAGGUCAGCAGCACCCGGCCAGCCAGGGCAGAAUCCCAGCACGGCCUGGAAAGACCGAGGACUGCGCCCCAAACAGAAUUCAACCAAUUCAUACCCCCUCAGACGCAACCGGAAACUCAGUUUGCCACUCCUACGAGUCCUUACACGCAGUAUCAGUACUCUUCCCCUGCCCUUCCUACUCAGGCACCCACUCCCUAUACGCAGCCAUCCCAUUACCAGCAGUCACAACCUUUAUAUCAACAACAGGUUUCGCCCUACCAGACCCAGACUGUGGUGCCCGUCUCCUUCCCUCCCCAGGCCCAGCCCCCACCAACUUUACAGCCUUCCUACCAGCUCUCCUCUCCAUUGAUGAUGAUCCCACAAAAGGCGAGGCAAACCUCAUUAUACAUGGAACCCAAGAUAACCACAAACUAUGACGUCAUCCGCACUCCGUCUCUCAUGAUGGCGCCUGCGUCCUCUGACAAUGCCUACUCGGUGGGUCACCUGGGCAGCAAGUAUAGCACUUUGGAUUUGAGGCUGGGACUGGAUGAGAGGAGCAGCAUGGCCAGCAGCCCCAUCUCCAGCACCUCUGGUGACUCCUUCUAUGUGGACCUGGAGCACCACAGCACACAUGGCUACGUGCUGCUGGAUGAUAUGGGGGAGCUCACUAAAGAAGCAGCAACCCUGAGCUCUGCCUAUGGGCUGCACGAAAAGGAUCUUGGCAAAGCUGAUAGGCUCCUUCGGACCACCGGAGAGGCCCGGAGAGUGCAAGAGGUCCCCGAUUUCCUCUCAUCCCUGCAAACGUCUUCCAGGUUGCCCAGCUACAUGAAGACCGAGGAAGACUCCAUGGAGGAUCCCUAUGAACUGAAACUUCUGAAACAUCAGAUCAAGCAGGAGUUCCGAAGGGGCGUAGAGAGCGUGGGUCACUUGGCUGGCCUCUCCCACUAUUAUCCUGCAGAUACGAACUACAGACAUUUCCCCAAGUCUGAGAAAUACAGCAUAAGCAGGCUCACUCUAGAAAAGCAAGCUGCCAAGCAGCUUCCGGCAGCCAUUCUUUAUCAGAAGCAAUCCAAACAUAAAAAGGCUUUGAUGGAUCCCAAAUUGUCUAAAUUUUCACCCAUCCAGGAAAGCAGAGACCUGGAGCUUGACUAUUCAGCUUAUUUGGCUUCCAACACCUCCUCAGUUGGGAGCAUCCCCUCCAAAGCAAAACUUCUCCAAGAUGACCUAACAUUUGGCCUUCGGAAAAAUAUGAUAGACCAGCAGAAGUACAUUGCUCCCACUUUGUCUCAUUCCCUGGGAACGAGCCUUGGAGCAGCGCUGAGUGUCACCAUGAGGUCAGCUUUACAGGAUGAGGUGGACAAAUCUUACGCCAGCGCCACCAGAUCUAGACCGUCCUCAAGACCGUCCUCUGUCUACGGGCUCGACCUGUCGCUAAAACGAGAUACAUCCAGCUCUUCUUUAAGGUUGAAAGCCCAGGAAGCCGAACCCCUUGACGUUUCCUUCAGCCAUGCAGCCCCUUCGGGAAGAACUAAGCCUACCAGUCUACCCAUAAGCCAAAGCAGAGGGCGGAUUCCAAUAGUCGCACAGAACUCAGAAGAAGAGAGUCCCUUAAGCCCAGUGGGGCAACCCAUGGGGAUGGCCAGAGCAGCUGCUGGGCCGCUGCCCCCCAUAUCUGCAGACACCAGGGACCAGUUUGGCUCAAGCCAUUCCUUGCCUGAAGUCCAGCAGCACAUGAGGGAGGAGUCACGCGCUCGGGGCUACGAUCGAGAUAUUGCCUUCUUCAUGGACGACUUCCAGCACGCCAUGUCAGAUAGUGAAGCCUACCACCUGCGUCGGGAGGAAACCGAUUGGUUCGACAAACCUCGGGAGCCCCGCCUGGACAAUGGGCCUGCUUUUGACAGAAGGCUGCCAGAUAAGUUAGCCCACUCAAGACCCCCGAGCCAGCAUCAGGACCAAAUUAUCGGGAAGCCCAUCCAAUACACCUUCCCUCAUGCAAGGCUGAGACUCCUGAGCGACCCAAAGGAUCACUCUGUUUCAGGCAAUGGACUUGGGCUUCGAGUUGUAGGUGGAAAAGAAAUUCCUGGAGCCAGUGGAGAAAUUGGUGCUUACAUUGCAAGGAUCCUACCAGGUGGAAAUGCUGAGCAAACAGGGAAACUUAUGGAAGGUAUGCAGGUGCUGGAGUGGAACGGCUUUCCCCUGACGGGCAAGAGCUACGAAGAGGUCCAGAGUAUCAUCGGCCUGCAGAGUGGGGAAGCUGAAAUAUGUGUAAGACUGAAUGUCAUCAUGCUGUCAGAUGGUGAGAAUCCCCAACAUCUGGAAUUGCUUGAGCCGGGAAAGAUGGUGGAUAAAACAAAAUCUCCAGGAGUCGAUCCUAAGCAACUGGCUGCAGAGCUGCAAAAGGUUUCUUUGCAACAGGCUCCCAUGGAGAAGGGGUCCCACGGGCACUCGGGGACAACAUCGGCCACCUCCAGCUCUGUGCCCAGCCCUGGGCAGCCUGGCUCUCCUUCAGUGAGCAAGAAACGGCACAGCACCAAGCCUGCUGAAGUCUCAAAGGGGGGUCCCCAUCCCAUAACCGGAGAAAUCCAGCUUCAAAUCAACUAUGACAAGCAACUUGGCAAUUUGAUUAUUCAUGUCCUUCAAGCAAGAAAUCUUGCUCCCCGUGACAACAAUGGUUAUUCUGACCCUUUUGUCAAAGUUUACCUUCUACCAGGAAGAGGCCAAGUCAUGGUUGUCCAGAAUGCAAGUGUUGAGAACAAGAGAAAGACAAAAUACAUACAGAAAAGCUUGAACCCUGAGUGGAACCAGACGGUCAUUUAUAAAAGCAUCUUCUUGGAGCAGCUGAAAAAGAAAACUUUGGAAGUCAGUGUCUGGGAUUAUGAUAGAUUCUCUUCUAAUGACUUCUUGGGUGAAGUCUUAAUUGAGCUCUCCAGUGCCUCUCCCCUGGAUAACACUCCCCGCUGGUACGCUCUGAAGGAGCAGAGUGAAAGCAUUGAGCACGGGAGAUCCCACUCAGGGCAGAGUAGCCAACCGUCUCCGAAAACGUCAGUCAUCAAGAGUAGAAGCCAUGGUAUUUUUCCUGACCCAUCAAAAGAUAUGCAGAUGCCCACCAUUGAGAAGUCCCACAGCAGCCCAGGAAGUUCCAAAUCUUCCUCCGAGGGACACCUGCGUUCUCACGGACCAUCUCGCAGCCAAAGCAAAACCAGUGUAACUCAAACUCACCUUGAAGAUGCUGGGGCAGCCAUCGCUGCUGCUGAAGCCGCCGUCCAACAGCUCCGCCUCCAACCAACAGCCCAUAAAAGCGGUCAGUCUAAUCAUGCAAGGAAGCUGCACAGACACAGCAUAGCGGGAGUCCUCCCCAUUCAAAGAACUCAGUCUGACAAUCUGCCUCCACCAGCCAGUGACAACAAAGAGCAAAGCCAACUAGCCCUCAGGAAAGUGAUGUCCGAUGGACCCUUCAGCCCUGAAGGAGCCAGGUCUACCACCAACCACAGGCCAGGAGAAAGCUCGGUGUCUUCCACUGGCUCAUCAACCGGAACCUUUGGCAGCGGGUACAGUGUGGACAGUGAAGGAAGCAACGGCGGCAACAACAACGCCGCCACCACCACCACUACUACCACCACCACCACCGGGGACCUUUUCCCCAUUCCAAGAAUAGGAAAGAUGAGCCAGAAUGGACAAGAAGCCGUGAAGCAAUCAGGGGUGGGAUUAACAGAGAUUGAAGGUAAAACUCAGGUGAUGGGUGAAAUAAAGAUUGCCUUAAAAAAGGAAAUGAAGACCGAUGGAGAACAGUUAAUAGUGGAAAUCCUGCAAUGCAGGAAUAUAACUUACAAGUUUAAAUCUCCAGAUCAUUUACCAGUUAACAUUCUUCUUGUUUCCAAUGGAGGAAAGUUUAUGAAGAAAACCUUGAUUGGUGAAGCGAAUAUUUGGCUUGAUAAAGUGGACCUUAGGAAAAGAAUUGUAAACUGGCACAAACUUUUAGUUAGUUCCACACAAGCCCAUUGAGCAAAGAGGUCCUUGUUUGAUGUCAGACAGAUCAAGCUGGAAGACUCGACUUGUAUGAUUCCAGGACUCCACUUUGACGUUAGGCUUAGGUAGGUUUUCCAGAAUGUGAAACAAGCAACUCGUGUUCUGGGCUACUUAGCACAUUUUUGUGAGGGCUAGUCCACUGGUUUUACUAUGUAAGAAGCAAGAACAAGACAGCCAAAGAAAAACAUCACGCUUGGCUCAGAUGAUAAAAUAAAUCCACUCAAAUAAUGACGGUGAACGGAGAGUUCAGUGGUGUUAAAACCUGCGCAGCCAUGCAGUGAAGGAACGGUAUGCCUGCUCUCGAAGGCAAGAGGAAUACAGAAACUCUGGCUGCGUUCAGAGGCAGACGGGCUCCCAGAGAACGGAACCUGGGUUUUCUUGUGCCAUUGGAAGGAAGGGGUGUCCUUUUAUGCAAAAGCACCUGGGGACUUCCUUCCUUCCUUCCCUCCCUUGCCGAUCAGAAGAUUAUUCACUUCUGUUCUUCUGUACUUUCAAAGCAUUCAGAGUAAGAUGGUGCCUCGGGGCAAAUGGCGGUAUCUUUUAUUUUUAUUUUAAAUAGUAGCAAUGUUUAUAUUUCUUUUCUUGGAGUACCAGUUCAGAGUAACAAUUUCAAUGUUUCUCCGUGAAUAAUGCAGAAUCAUGAUCUUGGAACAUUUAAGUCCAAAGGGAGGAAGAGAAAUUGGGGGCGGGUGGGGGGGGGUUGGGGAAUCAGGAUUUGUUGUACAGUUGCCACCAUAGCAUGAAAUAAAACGUAGCCCUCAGUGUGUGGAAGAAGCCACCAUCCUCCCUGCCUUUCUCAGUCUCUUGUUUACAAACAGUGGAGUCAGUGAUUCAAAGGGCUUCUAAAGGAAUAUGGCUAUCGCUGUAUGUCACUGUCUGCCGGUCUUGCUGUUGUCGACUACAAGGAACCGAGACUCAAAAGGUCUGUGGUUGGAAGCGACCCAUGGUUCUUGGUGCCAGUGGUUCUUGGCUCGUUCUGGAGUUACGAAUCUUCUUUUUUUCUUUAUGGCUUUUAGAAUGUGAUCCCAUCCUCCAUAUAGUUGGCCUAGUGGCAUACUACAGACUUCAUCCCAAGCACCCACCUCCAUUCGCAAGGGCCGUUCUGCUGAAUACAAGGAAACUGCAGAGGAGGUCUUGUAGGAAUCUGUAAGGCAAGACCACGUCGUCUUAGUUCCAAAACGAUGGAGGGGUUUGUAGAGAGAUCUAAGCCUGCAGCCUUCAUUACUGCCCACUGAGCAUUUUGCAGAAGGAAUACAAAUGGCUUCUGUGGACAAAACAGAAUUACGGCCUAGCUUGUAGCGAGGCUGAUUGGCUUUCUCUUCUUAUGAUAGAAUCAAGAGUACAUAGGAAUAGAAAGUAAUAAUUUGACUUCAAAUGGCAGUGAUUCUCUUACUACCUUUAAAGUUAAAAUAUCUGAAAAUUAUAAAUUGAACAACGAUGAAUCUGUUUAAUUUAAUUUAAUCAGUGAACAUUUUUCAGGAGCUCCAGAGGCUAGAAAAUAAAUGCAGGAAAGAAUAUUGAAAUUAUAUUUUAUAUUUUAAUAAAGAAACACUUCAUGAGCCAAUAAAUAACCAAGAAAGAGUUCAAAGUCCCAUUUUUGUUUUUAGCCAUUACUUAUAGCUGAUCCUGUGUCUGUAAUGAAAGGGGAGCAAUAGGAUAUUUGAACAUAUGUGACCGGCCAAUGUUCUGACUUGACUUUCAAUCGUCUCCUGAUAAUUAUAUCUGUUUUAAUUUGAUCCUUGGGGACAGUUGGCAUGGCCAUUCCCUCAAAUCACGCAUAAAUGAUUUAGUACUUCAGCCUAUGGGUACCACAAGAGAAGGAGAGCAAAUGUCUUACACAGAUUGGAACCAUCCCUCUGAAGUUUCUGAAGCAGCCGGUCCUUCAUUCGGUGUCAGGUAUCUAGGGGUGUGUGUGAGAGUGAGUGAGUCUUAACUUAUGAGAUGUGCAGAUGAAUGACAGUUUUGUUCUUCUCAAUGUUUAUAAUGAAGACAAUGACUCUUCCAUUGGUUGCCAUGGAGAUUUCAAGAACUAGGAAGCAACAAUUGGAAGGCUUAUAAAUAAGCCUUUAAUUAUCAUUCUUAAUUGAGGAAGUUAGGCUGCUGUUAUGAGGAAGUCAAGAGCAAGAGAAUAUUUAUGUGAAUACCAAUAUUUGUGUAUUUGUUCUUUUAAAAAAAUAUUAAUUCUGCUACCCUGGGUUGAGUGUCCUUUGCCUUCCAGAUUUUUCAGCCACAGGCCUGCAUGGGACCGAGCAACAUUGUUUGGACCGGUCAUAAUUGUGCAUGCUGUAACAGCCCUGCUUUGAGGAGCAUACCUGAUUUGUGACAAUUUGAGGGUUGUUAGGAAAAAUGGUUUCUAUUUAGGCUAGAAUUUAUUUUCACAUUCUUCAAAUACAAUUGAGUGCUACUGAAGAUGUUGUCUAUCAGCUAAUCCCCCUUGUACUGGUGCUGGGACUAGCAAUUGCCUCCAAAGUGUUUCUUGGGAUCAGAUAUUUGGAUUGUGUUAGAAUCAUUCUAUGCAAUGUAGAAACCCAUUUAAUGCAGUUUCCUUUUUUUAUUAAUGAAGACAAAAAAAUAUCAUGGCAGUUAUUUUUUUAUCGGAGAAAAAUCACAGAACCUUACUGUUUAAGAAAAUGUGUAGAUAUUUCAAUUGUUUUCUUGUUGAUGGAAUGGGGAGAAAUUGUGUUAUAUUUGUUUCUUCCAUUACACAAAAGCAAGACUUCUUAUCUAAAGUUUCUCUUAAUAUGGAUUUCUUGGAAAAUGUGUCUUGUUGGUGGCACAAUUAACUUUAUUGCACAUCACAUGACUGCUGAGCUGAAGAUAAAAAUAGUAUUGUGCAGUAAGUCUUGUUCAGGAGAAAAAAAAACAUUGAAGUAUGAGUUAAAGCACAGAACGUGUACGUGUAUUGACAAAUGAGGGAUCGUUUCUGUGAACACACACACACACACACACGUACAUACAUACACACACAUACACACCUUCAUCUGCUUGAGUUUAUGACCCAAAGUGUUUGAGUUCCUGUGAUGAAUGCUAAAAUAUUUUUUAUUAUCCUAAUUCUUUAAACAAAGGAUGGUAUCCAGGAGCAUCACAAAUGCUAUUUAUUUUGUUCUAUGUUUCUGCUCUGCCUUCUUCCCUCUGAAAGAACAUCCCUCACAAUUCUUCAAUGCCUACCAGAACAAAUAGGAGUACCUCGUUGUGGGUGCAUCGGAGACACCACUAAAAUUAAAAUCCAGCUCCUUAUUGUGACUUGACUUUGUUUUUUCCUAAAUGCCUAUAUUAUUAUCAUGGGGUGUGUGAAUCUGUAGCUGGUAACCAGCUGAUAUGGCUUAUUUUUCUUAGGAUGAAAAAGUCAACACUAAACAUCUCUUAUAUUCUAUGUAAGCUAGUGUGCUUGAUACAGAACUAUUCAGAAUUUCCAUUUCUAACUAUUUCAUAUAGAUUUUAAUGGUAUAUUUUUAGUUUUUUAUUUAAAUCAUAUCUGAUAAUUAAAUAUUCAAAUUAUAAGCCAUUUUACAUAUGAAAGUAUGCCUCUAUCAGUGAAGAGAAGAAGUAAACAAAUUAGUAGCCUCUUUCAUGUGAUGAAGAAAUUGGAGGAAAAUUGAGUGUGUCAUUCUGGGAAAAAUCCUGAACUAGAAAUUGCUGCUAGACUAAAUUAAUAUCUGGAUACUCUCUUUUCAAAUGUAAUUUGUUUACUAAUGGUUUCUGUUAUUUAUUUGCUUACUUAUUUCUGCAACAUCAUAAGCACCCUAAUGGUUUUUUAAAAACAUAUACUUGUAUAUUAUCAACUUGAACAAUGAUUCUGAAGAAAGCGGUUUCCUUGUAAAUAUACAUUUUUGUAUUUAGAAACACAGCUGAGUUUAGAUUCCAGACCUCAUCUGUUAUUUUAGCAUGUCAUUGUCAAUACAAGUUGGAUGCAUUUUGUAAAAAUGUGAGUGCUCGGCAGUGACCUCAAUGCCACCCUUCUGUUAGACAAAAUUCAUAACUUAUACUUGGAGUAGUAAUGAAAAGAGUAACGAUAACAGGAGCACCAAAGGCAUACCUAUCUUAUAAUAGCUUUUGAAGAGAUGUAAUAUUUCCACAGUGAAGGUAGCAUGCUUCUGAGGUGUUUUCUUAAUUUUUGUUUUUUGUUUCUGCCUUCCAAUCCUCUAAGAAAAAUAAUUAUUUCAUCAACAUCUGCAAGAAUGUCCGAAAGAAGAAAGGCUUUUAAAUCAGUGCUCAGAUUUACUCUCUAAAAUCCAUGUCCUGGUUUAGUGAUUGUGUACAGGAUGUAUCUUGAAAACCCAUGUAAAAUGUGUUGUUCAAAGGUUGUUAAACCCA